AUGUUUAUCAUCCCCAAACCCCGAUCCAAACCCUACCUUUUCAAACUUAAAUCAAUACAAUCACGAAAAAUGCGUCUCCCCUACGCCCCUUCCACCCCCCCGGACCCCACCGACCUCCCCACCACCGAAAUCUACUCCCGCAUCGCCGCCCGCCGGCAUCCCCGCCCCCUCAUCCCCCUCGACCUCUCCCUGCUUCAUUCCCCUCCCGUCGCCGACGGCUGGAACAGCUUCCUCGGCGCGAUCCGCACCCAGACCAUCAUCGACGGCGGAUUACUCGAGUUGGCGGUGUGUCGCGUCGCGGUACUCACGAAUGCCAUUUACGAGUGGAAUGCGCAUGCGCCGUUGGCGCUGAAGGGCGGGAUUAAGGGGGUGGAGUUGGGUGCGGUGCGGACACUUCCCUCUCUGGCUGAGGGAGAUGCGAAGGCGGAGGAGGAGUUGAAGGGAAGUCAAUUGACGGAUCUGCAGAAGGCGGUGGUGCGGUAUGUGGAUGAGAUGACGCGGACGGUGAAAGUGCAGGAUAGUACGUUUGAGAAGUUGAAGGAGGUGGGGUUAACGGAUCGGGAGAUUGUUGAAUUGACGACGGGCGUGGCGGGGUAUAAUUGUGUGAGUCGGGUGUUGGUUGCGCUGGAUGUGGGGGAGAAUAAUGCGAAGGAGAUGAGGAGUGUGGAUGAUUUGGUGGCGGAUCUUGAGAGGAAGUGA